AUGUGCUUCCUUUUGUGCUCUGCCUCCCAUUGUGACGGGGUAUGUAGUGCAUCUUCGAAGCUGUCUCCUCAGCUUGCCACUACAAACAAGCGCCGCUUAAAUCGGGUGGUCACCUGGGCCCGUCUGUUCUACUCCCUUGGCAAGAAUCUCUCCCCGGGCUCCGUAGUGAAGAAAACAUCUGAUUAUCUUGCAACACUAGCUUGCACAUUUCCAUACCAGAUGGCCACAGUUAAAAACCCGACCGAAUCCAAACCGCCCAACACGGCCCGAUUGCUCUGUCUUCAAAAGGAUUCGAUUGCGAAGGUCUAUAGAAGCUUUAGGACCAAAUAUGAUACAUGUACCGAUCGCACACCCCUCUUCCCAUCUGAUACGAUCCAACUGACUGACCCAGAUCCAAUCGACGUCGCCGCCUGGAGAUCAAAGCUCAGUCGAUUACGGUCUAUCCUUCUACCUUUACUGCGCCAUCAGAUCAGGACAGUGUUGAGAACACUAGACCCAUCUGACUUACGCAACGAUAAAGGCCCAAAGCUCGAUCUAAUCUCGGAGCUUCAAUCGGAGGUUGAUGACACCAUGGGCCAAAUCGUAUCUUGCGUUAUUGUGAUUCCCCCACGACCACUGAUUCAACUACCCGAUACCAAUGACCAUUACUUGAAAGAUUUAAAAGAAUUUCAAUGCCGGGAGAUGGUCAGGAGAUUGAGCUACAUGAAUCGUGGACUCAGUUGCAUGUUCGACGGUUGCGCUACGCUCAUUGAAGAAUCAAAGCUCUCCCGGAGAAGAUAUCGUCGUCGGGCUCGUCAACAUAACACCAGAGGGGAUGUGAUCGAUUCAUCCGAAAAUGCGUCGGAAUGGAUUGACAUUCUGAUCAAAUGGUCAAAAUGUAACGAAUUGACUAACAUCCAAGAAGAUUGGGAAGUAGAAGUUCCAGUUAUAGACGAGGUCCUUGCCAAGUUAACCCGGCUCAUCAGACCCACAGCUACCAGCAACUCAGCCGAAGAGGACCAGCCUGAGAUCGAGGGCGCAAGUGAAGCUGUCAUUCAACUCGCUCAAAACGCUGUACCGAUCACCAAACUAGCUAGACUGUUCUUCAGAAAGGUGGCGACAAGCGGACUCAACCGGACUCCUUUGCAAACAUUUACCGAGAUGAAUUCCAACCAGCUCAGAACAUUAUCCGAGUCACCUGAAUACCUCGAUGACGAGUUCAACAGAUUAUUCAAAACUUUAAACAAAGCGGAUGAAACUGAUGUGGCCGAUACUAUUGAGGCGCUCACUCAAGCAGUCAACAGAACUAUAGAAAUUUUUCAAACCAGCAUGUUCCUUGUGACUCUUUAUAUUGUUCCCUUAAUCCCGCAAGCGAACGGUCCUUCCUCUCAAGACAACCUCCAAAAUUGGUUGAUCACUUGGAACAAUUUAUUUCUCUCCGCCACUCAAAAGUUCCUCUCUGCUGCUCAACGUUUCGGAACCCCCUUAUGA